AUGAGGAUACCCCUCCAGUUUCGCCGUUUUUGUUCGACUUGUGGUAGAACUCCACAACUCUUCGCACGCCUCCCUCCGCCGCCGCCGAGCCGUCGCUUCACACGCCCGUCACCCCCGGAAUGUUUGGCUCGAUGUCGUCAGAAGGGAGUCCCAAGAUUUGGGACUAUGCUCAUUGCAGCGCUUGCUCCCGGUGCCUUUGUGGAACUGGCAGAGACGGAUGAGGACAAUAAAACCGGAGAAAAGCUGAUGUUAGAGGCAUCACGCCAGGAGAUCAGAGACGAUAUCCUUGAACGAACAGAAGGGCGUAUAGGGAUUGGCGGCCCUGUACUAGCUUAUUGGGCAUAUUACGCGUACGACACGAUAGCUACUGGUCUCCGUUUUGUUCACCUAGUCGUUAUUUUCCUACCAGUCAUCCUUGCGGCACCUACGAUAUGGCUUGGGAGGCGCAUAAAAAACCACGACGGGGUCCGAACAGGUACACUGUGGUGGUAUAGCUUCCUCGUGAAGGCAAUGGAACGCGCAGGGCCUGCUUUCAUUAAGCUUGGUCAAUGGGCCGCCUCACGUACUGAUAUUUUCCCCCCGCAAAUGUGCAGCACUAUGUCAUCACUGCACUCAAAUGCCCCAGCCCAUUCGUUGCAUGAGACUAAGCAGACGAUCCAGAAAGCCUUCCACGGGAUGCCCUUCGAAGACAUCUUUGAGGAAUUCAACGAGAAACCUCUUGGAGUGGGCGCUAUCGCACAGGUUUACAAGGCAAAACUCAAACCGAGCCUUGCAAAUCUUGCGGAUAAUGAGCUUACCUCCGCGCCUCAGGACUUAGGGGGCAAGCUGAAAAGGAAUGUCGACGUCUUGGUAAAGAGCUCCCCCCAGCGCGUUCCGUCAUCAUACGUUGCGGUUAAGGUUCUGCAUCCGCGCGUCGAGCGCCUAAUUCGCAGGGAUCUGCGGAUCAUGUCUUUCUUUGCCUCUUUGAUCAAUGCAAUUCCAACUAUGCACUGGCUAUCUUUCCCUGACGAGGUCACUCAAUUUGGGGAAAUGAUGAAGCUACAACUCGAUCUCAGGAUCGAGGCCACGAAUCUAAAGAUUUUCCGAGAGAAGUUUAGGUCUCGUACUACAGCUUGGUUCCCAUACCCAUAUUUGGACUACAGCACCCGUGAGGUCCUUGUGGAGGAGUUUGCCCAAGGCAUACCCUUGUCAACUUUCCUAGAAAUGGGAGGAGGUGUUUACCAGCACGAAAUUGCAAAUGAAGGUCUGGACGCAUUUCUUCAUAUGCUCUUAAUUGACAACUUCGUGCAUGCGGAUUUACAUCCAGGGAAUAUCAUGGUCCGUUUCUAUCAGCCUAGUGAGCUUGAUCUAUCUCUUCGCAAACAAACACGUGCGUCCGAAGCGCCAACAAGGAAGGAGGUUGAUGUGGCAGACGCCGUGCUUGCGCGAUUGCGACCACAUGUGAAUGAGCCGCAGGAAUGGGAACAGGCUCUGAAUGAUCUUAACGUGGAGGGCUACCGACCGCAACUCAUCUUCAUUGACACAGGUUUAGUAACUCAACUGAACGACACGAACCGUUCCAACUUCCUAGCUCUCUUCCGAGCUGUUGCUGAGUUCGACGGCCACCGCGCAGGAGAACUCAUGGUUGAGCGGUGUCGCCAACCAGAGGAAGUCAUCGAUCCCGACAUUUUUGCCUUAAGAAUGCAACACCUUGUUCUUGGGGUCAAGUCACGAACAUUUGCGCUAGGAAAUAUCAAAAUUGGUGACGUCCUGAGCGAGGUGUUAUCCAUGGUCCGGCGCCACCACGUUCGUCUCGAAGGCGAUUUUGUGAAUGUUGUCAUCUCCAUCCUCCUUCUUGAGGGUAUAGGCCGGAGCAUGGAUCCAAACCUCGAUCUCUUUAAGAGGCAAGAACCGACUAUCCUCGCCUUUUUACUGUUCGAAUGCCUCCCACUCGCUUACUGA